GCACGAGCCCCGAAGUUUCUGCUCUCUACUCGCCUGCCAGGCUAUCUUCUGUCUGGUUGAUUCUGCUGACGAGAGCGCAGAGCUGGAUCUAAUACGCUCAUUACGAUGGAGAACAAUCUGCUCUGCCGGCAUGCAGUUCUGCUGCUCGUAUUCUCGGAUCACCUGCAUGCAAGUCGUGUAAAUAUUUAUACAUUUGAUGAAGGCCCCAGGAUCGUGUGCCUGCCUUAGCUUCUGUCAUAGACCCUUUCUGACAGGCCCGCAUUACGGCAUGGUACGAGCAUCAAUGUCCUGACGCGAGGACGAACGUGCGUCCUCUGAUCUGCUGUAUAUAUUUGCUCCCGUCCGCAUGAGAACGAUGGCUUUGUCGUUCGCCCGGCCGUAAGACUCGGUACCGCUCUGCUCCCUCCCCACCUCUCACCAUGCGUGUAUCUGUGUCCUUCAUUUCCAUCGCCCUAUCAACCGUCUUCGUUGCACAUGCCAAAAAUAUAAUUUUGACGAACGAUGAUGGCUGGGCUGAUGCUCAGAUCCGCGCCCAGUACACAGAUCUGACCGAUGCGGACUUCGAUGUGGUUCUGUCAUGUCCUGCUCAGAAUGAGUCGGGGACAGGAUCGUCGACUGCUACGCCAACUGUCCUCACCGAGCCCUGCGAGUACGAUACGUGUCCGAUCGGGUCGCCCCCGGAAGGCUAUAAUGCGAGCGAUCCCCGCUUGAACUACGUGAACUCGUACCCUGUCGAUGCCGUACACUACGGCUUUCAGACCCUUGCGCCGAAGUUCUUCCAUGGUUCGAAGCCUGACUUCGUCGUCAGUGGUCCUAAUAUUGGCAACAACCUCGGAACGGUAGUCCUCAUCUCUGGAACAGUCGGUGCUGCGUGCGAGGCUGCUAAGGAAGGCAUCCCAGCCACCGCCUUUUCCGGCGACACCGGCGCCCAAGUCUCCUACACGACGCUCGAAUCCGAUCCCACUGCCUCCUCGUCCGAGUCCUCCUGGAUAUACUCAGCGCUCACUGUCCACUAUACCAAAACCAUCCUCGCCGUCGACUUCCCCGGUAUCCCGCUCCUCCCGUCGAACGUCAUUGUGUCAGUGAACUACCCGGCUAUCGACGACUGCCCAGACCCGGCGGACUACAAAUGGGUGUUCUCGCGCAACCUGGCAAGCGACGACGCGGAAGAUCUUUGGACGUGUGGGAGCACGACUCUUCCUGCGGAGAGCGACGUAGUCGCGGCGUCGGGCUGCUACUCGAGCGUCACUGUGCUGAACGCGAUAAAUAAGACGGAUGUGGAUGCGCUGACACAAGCGGAGGUGUACGUACGACUUGCGGCGCUGCCGUUUAGCUGCUUGCCGUCAUGAGCGAGGUCGGGUGACAGAUGAACUUGUUUGGUGUGUUCUGCUCUUUCUUGGCCUACUUUAACAAAUGUGCUGCUGCGGUUGUGGGCGCUGUCCCAAAUAUCCAAUUUCAUUACAGUUUCUCGAAAAUGGCUAUGCUGCUGCUGUCGGAGUCGACAGGUAGUGAUUCGCGUC